AGCUAACGUUCUCUAGCGCACCGUGAUCUCAUAGUAUACUCCAGCAAUAAAACCCAAAAAAGAACUACUUCGGCUUAUUAUCGUAAACCGACACUCAUUCAUAAUAAAGACUAUACUAGUCUAUAAAUCCACAAUAGCCUAUUGACUAUUCGUUAACAGCAGUCAUUGGCUUUCAAUUAGUCAUAGCCAUCAACUACCGCAAACUAUUUUAUUUAUAACUGUUAACAGUCACUUGCAUAGUCUUUCUACUCAAAAUCUGCAUAAAAUCAUAUUUCUUUCCUAUUUCCACAAACCCUACGAUUACCUUCUUCACUAUAUGUCCCACUAACGAAAUUGAUACUAGUCAUAUUUAUUGAAAUUCCAUUACGAUUUGCAUAGUUCUCCUACGAUAUUACCAUUCUAUUUUUAUCUGACAAACGACCUUAUUUAUUUGAAACAUAAUCUUUUGUUUAUUUACAAUUCUUCUGCUACUUUUCCAUUCUAGACUACAUUUCUUACAAUAUGAUGGAAGAGUAUAAACAAUAUGACAGAGGUGGCUUGUUGAGAGAAAGAUACCACAAGGUCAAUGACAUCAGUGAAGGCUCAUACGGGCUCGUCUCGGUCGCCAAAGAUACAAAAAACAACAACAAGUUAGUUGCUGUCAAGUUCAUCUAUCCAAUUGACUUCAAGAAAGACGCCAAGGAUGAAAAGACCUCCAGACCUUCUUCCAGUCCCGCAAAGCUCAGAUCACCCAACCCUGUCUCUGCAUCGAAGCCAUCCAGAAACUCGAUUCUCACGGGUUUGUAUGAAGAAGCACAAAAAGAAAUCAGGAUCCAUAAAAUCUUAGGCAGUCAUCCAAAUGUUUCUUCUUUGUACGACCACUUUGAUUCAUAUCUUAUAUUAGAAUAUUGUUCUAGAGGUGAUCUUUAUGAAGCGAUUCAUGGUGGAAAUGGUCCUUCCACCUCGCAGGAUAUCAAGGACGUCUUCAGUCAAGUCUUGGGUGCCUUGGAGUAUUGUCAUUCGCACCAAGUUUAUCAUCGUGAUCUUAAACCUGAAAACAUUUUGAUUGCCGAAGACUGGACCAUCAAAAUUUGUGAUUGGGGUUUGGCAACAACCACCAAAAUCAUCACCAACAAAGACGAAUUCGAUAUUGGAUCUGAAAGAUACAUGGCACCAGAGUUGUUUGACCCUGCUCUUGAAAGCUAUGAUGCUUCCAAAAUAGAUCUUUGGUCUGUAGGUGUGAUCUUGUUGACAUUAGUUUUUCACAAGAAUCCUUUUCAAGUAGCCAACUACUCCGAUAAGAGAUUCCUUCAAUUUGUGAACAACAGAGAAGCCCUUUUCGAUAUCUUUUCCACAAUGAGCGGCGACAUGUUUUCCAUCACACGUUUCUGUUUGAACAUUGAUCCAAGCAAUCGUGACUUGGCCAGUAUCAAAAGUGAGUUAGAAACACUUCGCUACUUCACCAUUGACGAGGAAUAUUGGGGUAGUGAAGAAGAGGAAGACCUUGAAGAAGACUAUGAAUUCGAGAUGGAUUCUGAUUUCUACAAGAAAGACGCUACGCCUUCUCCUGAGAAGAUCUCCCCUAUUGUAGUUACGGUAGAAUCCCAGGACGAUAAGAACUCUGGGGACAAGCACAUUUCCGAGUCGCUUUCGACGACCGAGUCUGAGUCGAUCCACUCAAAAUCGUCCCAAUACCGUGUAGGAUUCCAGGAAGACAGAAUUCCUCAUAAUCACAGAGCUGACGCUCUUUUGUCUUCGAAUACAGAAUUGAAGCCAAUUCCUAUUGGAGGCAAAUUCAUUCGCAACACCCGUAAACCAUUCAACGUUGCUUCUUAUAAUCAAUCUCACAGUAAUGCCAGAUCCCUAAACAACAAGUUCAACCGUGAGGAUUUCUUUACUCCCAAAUCUAUUUAUAAUCACUAUAUGGAUAAAUAUGGCGAGCAAAGAUUUGGAAACAUUCAGAAUGGUCAGAAUGGCCAGAACGGCCAGAAUGGAAGCAAAAGUUUUCAUGGACAUCACAAUCACCAUAGUGCGGAUUGGAAGAAGAAUAAGAGACCUCCUCGUUCUUGGAAGAAACCGAACAAGAGAAAGCCUCGGACCAGGUCUAAUCGAAACCGUUAUGGUGUUGAAAACAAUCAUCACCAGAAUUCUAAUCUGACUGACUUGUCGAGCCAACAGGCUUCUCAGAAGAAGAAAACUAGACUGGCCUCUACUUCAAAGUUGCGUAGAAGCUUCAUUCCGCCAAGUGCUGGAAAUUCAUUGACAAACAGCUUCCAUAACCUUGCUCAUCCAAUGGGACCUCAAUCUUUAGGCUCGUCUGCAACAUCUACUGGUAAGUACGUACCACCUUAUUUGAGAUCUCCAGCAUAUACAAAGUCACCAGUAAUAGAGCCUCUUACUGAGGAAAUUGACCGCCUAACUUUAGCAAAUGACUACGAUGAGGUUUUCCAUUUGGAGGAUGACUUUGAAUUAGAAGCAGUUGACGAACCAGAAACUACCUUAGCAGAAAAGACAGAACGCCCGACCACAAUUGAUGACAUUCUUUUCAGGAAACCAAACUACAGAGGACAAGGCGAAGCAGAUCCAAUUAGAAAUUAUGGAAUCAUCUAUAAUCACAGUAACGGUAACGGAAUGGCGAUUCAGAAUGGCAUGAUUACUGGAAGAAGAAACUCUGCCCUAGGAUCGUCUCAUAAGAGACCUGCUUCAAAUCCGAUUCUUGAAUCUCAAGUGUUGUCUACGUCUGCUGGUAGUGGUUCUGGAAAGUAUGUCCCUCCAUUCAGAAGGGGAUCGCAUUCUGCUGUUGCCAGUAACGGUAAACCUCUCAAGGUUGUUGAUAAGAAAGAUGAAGGCUACAUCCAUGGAAAAUUACUUUCCAGUCCACUCGUUGAAAUUAAUAACUACACAACCAAUUCUGUUCCUGUAAAUGGGAGAGAAUGGUUUGAUUAUAAGAAAGACUGGAGUGAUUAUGAUUAGUAUUGAUGUUGUUUCGAUCACUAAUUAAAUUUCACAUUCAUAUUUCUAUGUAGUUUUAAAUACACACAAAAUCAUU